AGAAGCCGUAUUCGAAUUCGACUCGGUAUCGCAGCGCUGAAAGCUCGUCAGUCCGCGACGAAAAGCCGACGAAGAAGCUUUCUCAGUAGGCAAGGAAAAAUAUCUUACAUGCUAACCGGAAUCGUGAGGCAAAGGUACACCGGAAGUUCCGGUUCCGUGAUGAUCCAGGUAGCAGAGCGAUGAAGAAGCGGGUUCGCCUCGAAGCGAAGGAGCCAAAGGAGAACAAGGAAGUGAAGACCGGGAGAGAAGGAAGGGAAUCAAGGCAACAGGACAAAGGCCAGGACGCAAUCGCCCUCGAGGACGAGGCCCAGAACGAGGGUUUUGCCGAGUGGCUUCGGUCCAGCAGCGGAGUCGAGCUGAUGAGGCUCUUCGUAAUCGCGAAUUCGCUGGUCGUCUUCGUAACGAUGGCCUGGCCGAACAUGCAGGAGGCCCUCUACAUCGUCAAGGAUUUCAUAAUGGGCGACGAGUAG